AAACUAACGAGCCUUUCUCAUACUAAUUUGUGUUUAAAUGACUUUGGAAAAGAUAGAAAUUAAAAAAGGCUGUUAUAGAAGAUAAGAGAAGCCUCCCCCAAUGGCGGCAAUGGCGAAGAUCGGGUUUCAUCUGCAUCACCACCUUCAACUUCAACUUCCAUUUUCAAUUCCGCCUCCGAACGCCUUUUCCUUACUACAGAUCCAAAAUCCCCUUCGCCAUUUCCAUUCCUGUACAGUUUCCACACGCAGUCGCUGCUGUCUACACAGGUCUCGCCGGUUUGACUCCAACGCGGAAUCCUUCAAUUUAGACGACAACGACGGCGACGAAAGCACCUCAGAGCAGUGGCUUGAAGCUCUCGAGGAUUAUAUCGACAGCAUCUGGAUUUUUAAGGUGUUUAGAUCCUAUGGUUGGAUGCUACCCGGUAUUAUAAUAUCGAUGCUUCUUACCACGGGUCUAAAAGCAUUUCUAUUGGCAUUAGCCGUCCCCAUCGGGCAAUCAACCUUUGCAUUCGCAAUACGGAGAUAUCAGAAUCGAGGGAAGAUCAACACAAACACGAAGACAAAGAGAAAGGUGAAUCGAAAAAGAUCAACUCCCUAUAAUGGUUCGAGGAUUUUUAAAUUUAAAGACAAACAAGAACAGAGUGUUAAACAAGAGGUGAGAAAGAAAAAUAACGGAUAUAAAUCAUGGGGUUCGGAAAAUGUUGCUUCUGUACGUAGAAGUAGUCCGAGUGUGUCAAAUUUUGGCGGAUGGGACGAGCUGGAUGAACUAGUACAGGAAUCUAAUGUAGAAUCCGCGAGACGGACGCCCACAAAGUAAGAUAGGCCAAAAAUUGACGAGUUGAGGUGUGUUUCUUUCGA